AUGCGCACUGCCCAACACGGGUUCGGAUAUGCACCACUCAACGUGGGUUCACAAGCACAUUACCCCAUGUUGACUCAUUUGGGAGUUGAUAAUGCACAACUCACAUUAACCAAAAGUGGCGAAAGUGGACAUAAGAAGUGCAAAGUGAGGCUUGCAUCCCAAGUCUGUCAUCAGGUACCCAUCCCUCUCUCAUUUGAUUUCAAAGAAGUGUUGCUUGGAGAUUUAUUUAUCUUGUGUGCGGAGAAAAGCCAAGAACUUGUGGAAGACAUUCUUAUUGUAAGAAUUUCUGCUCCAAGAGGGGGCCAUGUUAAAGUGAGAGAGAUCACAAAGGCAUCAAAUUGGGACGUUAGUGUGUUGGAGAUGAUGGAGCUAAAACAGCCGCCAUUCACCGACAAAGAUAACUUUACAUUAUGGCAAGAAGGAGGAGGAACACCCUAG